UCGCUUCUUGACUCCAAGGCUUACAAUCUUAGGUAACACAUCUCACACCACUCACUCACUGAGUUCCCACCACUCACGGCAACCAUGGCCGACCGACGUGACGGACAGGCGCGCCGUAGAGGCGAUAGAUCAUACCAUGACGGCAAGGACAGACGCCACGAUUGGGAUGAACCAAGAGACCGCGGCGACAGCAGACGGCACAUCGGCGCGCGCGAUCACGGUACAGACAGAGAUAGAGAUCGGGACCACCGACGGUAUCGCUCGCGCUCUAGGGACCGAGCCGGCCGCCGGCGUUCUCGUUCACCCGGCCGCGAACGAGGCCACGACCGGCGCGAUGCAGACAGGGACAGAGAGAGGGAGAGGGAAAGAGGACAUCGGCGGCGGGAGGAGGAUAAGGCGGAACCUCAACGAGAACGUGGCGACAGGAGCGCAAGAGGGGAGCCGGCGCGUCCUGAGCGAGACAAGCCCAGCCACGGCGUGAACCGAGUCCGGGAUGGCCGCACAGCAACAGAAUUUCCCCGCCGCUCGGCAAGCCCCAACCGAGUUUUCGAGAGGGACACAGACGAUCAUCCCCAGCUUCCCACCCGCUCAAAACCGAGCAGCACCAUUGCCCCUAUUCCACCAGCACCCGUCUCGUUCAAGGUUAAGGGCCGCGACGGCAGCCACGGGCCCGAACCGCGACAGCAGUCCACCUCGAGCCGGGAAGACAGCCAAGAGCAGCAGCAGCGCAGCCUCGACGAUGAAGAGCGGCGCCAAUCUCGCGGCCGAUUUGAUUCGGAGCCCAUGGACGAAGACGAGGAGGACGUCUUUGUUGAGGACGACGGGCUCAAUGAUAUGGCGGCCAUGAUGGGAUUCGGCGGGUUCGGGACAACAAAGGGAAAGAAGGUGCUAGGGAACAAUGUUGGCGCGGCGAGGAAAGAGAAGAAGACAGAGUAUCGGCAGUACAUGAACCGUGUUGGUGGGUUCAAUCGGCCGCUUAGUCCGACUAGGUAGUGAGUGUUCUUGUGGAGUCAGGCAAAAGAGAGGAAUGGUGUUGGUAUGAUACCCGAUAUGUUAUUCCACAAUCAAAACUUCCCCAACUUGCUGCAGCUCGUACCGUAAGUUCAAAGCUUGACGGCCUGAGAGCAAGGGGGCCGCAACUCUGACGGGCCGACCCACUAGGGAGAUCAUAUUACACCGAGUCAGCAUAACGCAACUGCACUGGC